GGUGACUAGCGGAACCUGACAAUCGCACGAUAUGCAUCUGCUAUUAACGUGAAUUCCUCUCCUUGGAUUAAAAUAUAUAGCCUAGCCUCGGCGUGAUCAUGGGACAGUGUGGUGUUAUUUCUUCGAAGACGGUCUUAGUCUUCCUAAAUUUGAUUUUUUGGGCUGCCGCUGGUAUACUGUGCUACAUUGGGGCCUACGUUUUCAUCACGUAUGAUGAUUAUGAUCAUUUUUUUGAGGAUAUCUACACUUUCAUCCCUGCCAUGGUGAUAAUUGCUGUGGGCACGCUUCUUUUUGUCAUUGGUUUCAUUGGAUGCUGUGCCACCAUUCGAGAAAGCCGCUGUGGCCUGGUCACGUUCUCAGCAGUGCUGCUACUGGUGUUUGCCACAGAGGUGGUUGUAGUGGUGCUAGGCUAUAUUUACAGAGCCAAGGUCGAGGCUGUAGUGAAUCACUCUAUUCAAAAAGUAUAUAAUGAAUAUAAAGGCACCAACACAGACGCUCCCAGCAGGGCCAUCGACUAUGUCCAGAGACAGCUCCACUGUUGUGGCAUUCAUAACUACUCUGAUUGGAUGAACACUCGCUGGUUUAUUGAGUCCAAAAAUAACAGCGUUCCAGUGAGCUGCUGCAAGCCCAGCAUCAGUAAUUGCACUGGGACGUUAAUGCGACCAGGAGACCUCUACCCAGAGGGCUGUGAAGUUCUUGUAGUAAAGAAACUCAAGGACAUUAUGCUGUACGUCAUACUGGCAGCAUUAACGUUCGCUGCCAUACAGAUGCUUGGGCUGCUGUGUGCGUGUGUGGUCCUUUGCCGCAGAGGUCAUGACCCUGCCUAUGAACUGCUUAUCAGCACGGGUAUAGAUGCCUGAGAGGUACCGCAUGGCAUCAUGGGUACGGCUGGUCCUCCCAGCCAGUGUACUGUACAUAUUUAAACUGAAUCAGGCUACCACUUUUCUACACUAGUAUUAAAACCAGUUUCAGUACCUUUGUUUGACAUAAAAUCAAAGCUUUGACAGCUUGAAUAGCCACACACUGCUUUAGUUUUGAAGAAAAUGUUCCUAAAAAUUUUCCUAGAAGUAUUGAAUCGUUUCUUUAUUUACAGCACUACUGAUAUUUGCUAGAGUCUGAUGAGCAGAAAAUAAUCAGUCAGUUGUUUAUUAUAUUGUAAAUAUUUUACACUAAUUGAUUUCAUGCGUCAUGGUAAUGUGCUAUCAUGUGUUAUUAAGUAGUUGUUAGGCCAAAGACUGAAGUCACUGGUUGACAUAGUUCAGAUAUUUCCCUUAUUUACAGUAUGUGUUGUAGAAGUAAUCCUUCUGAGUCAUAAUGAAGAAGAAAGAUUGUUUUAAAUUUAAAUUAUUUUCUGACAACUUUCCUUGCUUCUUAUUUCGAGCUUAUCUUUAGAGAAAUAUUGAUACAAAGGGUUUAAACUAAAUCAUUACUUUUAACUCUUGCAGCAGCAUUAAACUGGCAAUUAACAACAAGGUUACAUAACAUAAAGCAUGAAUUACACUAUCAGUCAAGUAUUUGGCAGUAAAACAAUCAAAAGUGCAAGUCUAACAAAACAGUUUAUUAUAAAAAGGCAUUUU